AUCAUAGCAAGGAUUCGUCAGCUUUACAAACGUCGUGAAGGACAACUGGUGCCAUUUCCAUGGUGUGAUGACCUUAAUUUCAACCUGAAUGACAUUUUCACCCGACUGAAGAUCGUGAAAAAAGAAAAAACGCGGGGAACAUUGACGGAUGAUGAAAUCACCAACAUGACUGCUAUCUUUAGACCCCAACCUGAUUGCCCGAAGCCACGGAUUCUUUUGAUCGAAGGAGAACCUGGCAUGGGAAAAACCACCCACUCACAAAAACUGGCGUAUGACUGGGCAAAUAAACAAGAUGAAUGGGACUCGUCUUUUCCAUGCAUUGAAGUGCUGCUCUUGCUUAGAUGCAACGAUGUUAAAUCUGGCAUCUGGGAAGCUAUUGACGACCAACUUCUUCCAGAUGAUAUUGACGAACAGGCUAAGGAGAAUUUUUUCAAAUACAUCCGAGAAAAUCAGGCCAAAUGUUUGCUACUGCUUGAUGGAUUAGAUGAGGCAGAUUCCUUUAAGCUGGACAUGUACUACUCGCUCGUUCAGAGUAAACUCCUCCCAGCUUGUCACAUUGUCAUUACAUCUCGCCAUGAGGUUGGAAAGAAAGUAAGGCCAUACUGUGACGCCCUGUGGGAGAUUGUAGGAUUUACUAAAGAGGAUGCGAAAAGUUUUAUCAGAAAGUAUUUUAAAGGCAAGGAACACUUGGCUGAGAAGCUGAUUGAACGAUUGAAACUUCCAGAGUAUGAUGAUGAUCCACUUACAACGCUAGGCGAGUUAACAAAAAAUCCACUCAACACAGCUCUACUCUGUUGUGUUUUCGAGGACUUCGAAGGUGUUCUUCCAACAAGCAGGACUGAGUUGUACGUUGAAAUUGUUGUCUUUGUUUUGAGAAGAUAUGAAGAAAAAAACAGACUUAAAAGCAGCGAUAAAGACUUGAUUUCAGGUUAUAAGGAAGAACUUUUGCUUUUGGGCAGCUUCGCGUUAGAAUCCCUCCUUAAAGGAGAGUCGUACUUUGAAAAGGAGGAAGAUACCGUCAAGCUUAUCAAUUUUGGAUUCUUGUCUUUUCAACAAGGUGGCGCCAAGCGCAAACCUUGUAAGCGCUUUGCAUUUUUACACAAAAGCUUUCAGGAGUUUUUUGCUGGCCUUUUCCUUGCGUUUCAAAGUAUCAGCAAAGAAAGAGACUUAACCUCAGUUGUAGACGAUAAGAGAUACUUGGGUAAACUGAGACAGGUCUUUUUGUUCAUGAGUGGCAUCAUAGCCUUGCGGAGUGAGGAAACUGCAAUGUCGUUCUUUAUUGUUAUUGCUAAAAAAAUCAACUCUGCCGAAGACCGUAAAUCAUAUAUGAGUUUAGCUUGUGAGUGUUUGUUGGAAUGUUCAAGUGUCCAGGACAGCCUUGAAACUCGCUUAGUUUCUAGUUUAGGUAAGCACCUUGACAUGUCGUCCCUGACUGAAGUGAAUUUUGGCGGAACAGGCAUACACGAUGCUGGUGCUGCUGCGAUUUCCAUGGCCCUCACAGUAAACUCCUCCCUGACCUAGUUUGGAUUUAGGUGAUAACAGAAUUGGCGACGCCGGUGUUUCUUCUCUUUCUCAGGCCCUCACAGUAAGCUCCUCCCUGACUAGGUUGGAUUUAGGUUGUAACAGAAUUGGCGACGCCGGUGCUUCUUCUCUUUCUCAAACCCUCACAGCAAACUCCUCCCUGACUAGUUUGGAUUUAGGUGAUAACAGAAUUGGCGACGCCGGUGCUUCUUCUCUUUCUCAGGCCCUCACAGUAAGCUCCUCCCUGACUAGGUUGGAUUUAGGUUGUAACAGAAUUGGCGACGCCGGUGCUUCUUCUCUUUCUCAAACCCUCACAGCAAACUCCUCCCUGACUAGGUUGGAUUUAGGUUAUAACAGAAUUGGCGACGCCGGCGCUUCUUCUCUUUCUCAAACCCUCACAGCAAACUCCUCCCUGACUAGGUUGGAUUUAGGUUAUAACAGAAUUGGCGACGCCGGCGCUUCUUCUCUUUCUCAAACCCUCACAGCAAACUCCUCCCUGACUAGGUUGGAUUUAGGUUAUAACAGAAUUGGCGAGGCCGCUGCUUCUUCUCUUUCUCAAGCCCUAACAACAAACACCUCCCUUACUAGCUUGUAUUUAGGUGGUAACAGUAUUGGCGACGCCGGUGCUUCUUCUCUUUCUCAAGCCCUAACAACAAACACCUCCCUGACUAUCUUGUAUUUAGAUGGUAACAGUAUUGGCGACGCCGGCGCUUCUUCUCUUUCUCAAGCCCUCACAGCAAACUCCUCCCUCAAGACUCUCUUCUUUUGA